CUUUUAGUCCCUCGUGCCGUCGCCGUCGCCGUCGCCGCCACCGUAUAAUCGCGUCGUUUGAUUACAUGUCUCUGACAGAGGAGGAGCUGGAGGUGGCGGUCACGCUCGACAGCCUCCCCGAGCUCGUCCUCGCGUCCGUCCACCGGGCGGCGCUCCACGUCCUUCCCGAGUCCCUCCGCUGGGGCUCCCGGAAGCCCCGGUCACUCCCCGGUCAUCCUCUAAUGCCUUCUCCUCCUCCGCCGCUCCGUUACGGGGAGAAGAACGUCGACGGGGGAGUCACCGCCACCGCCACAUCGAGCCCCUCUACGCCUCUCUCCUUCCAAGGCAGCGGCGGCAGCGAAGACAUCGACGUCCGGCCCAAGCCGUGGGUGGAGCACAGCAAACAGUACAUCCAAUGGAUGGAAGAACAGCAUGAGCCGAUGGCUUCGUUUGCCGACAAGAAAGCCAAUCUCGAACGAGUGAGAGAGGAGUACGAAGCCCACUUGCAUAGUCCAUCAGCCAACCCCUCCGUGCUUCCAGCAGCUGCACAACUGCGCCAUGAAAAGAUGCUAUGGGUCGGUGGCGGCGAUAUGGUCGCCGUGGACCGCACAGCCGUGGACCACCGGUGGGCCGAGAGCGGCAGCCAACGGCCGGCCGCGGGUCGGGUCGGCCUCCCGGAUCUGAACGUGACGCCCGACGACGAGGAGGGCGGGUGGGAUUUGGUGUGGGGGUGGGGGGAACGGCAACACAGCGCGUGCAAAGCGGCCAUGUCGGCACUGGCGAGACGGAGGAGACUUCAGAUACAAAAGGCGAAGAGAUACGGUCUGGUUUAUGACCAAUAAAAUGCCAAAGAUUAAGCAUUUUCUUCAAUUUGGUUAGUGGGGAUUUCUUUUUGUUUUUUAUUGACGUCAAUGUUAAGCCAUUUGCUCAC